AUGGAAUUGAGUGAAGAUAUAUUUUCCAAAAAAAUACUUGUUUGUCUCUCAAACAUUGAAGUCACCCACACAAAGCUGGUUGGUGGUAUCACCCGUGACUCACUGAAGUUGUCACCCGUGGUGCCAAGUCUGUCACUGGUAGGAUUUCUUCUGGGCUUCCAGUGCGGCUGGGGACCGCUAGCGAUGUUGGUGAGUACGGAGCUCUUUCCCCCUCAGCACAGAGGCACUGUGGGUGGUGCAGCUGUGGCGGUCAACUGGAUCACCUCCUUCGUCGUUACCCAGACCUUCCAACCUCUCGUCAACGCUCUCGGUGGCAGCACCUCCAACGAUGCCAAUGUUAGCGCCGGGAUUGGCGAGGUGAUUAUCUUUGUCUUCUACAGCGCCAUCACUACUUUCGCCACCAUCUGGCUCUAUCGUCGGCUGCCUGAGACCAAUAAAGUCUUUCUGCAGCCUGCUGCGAGUGUGUCUCUGCCGUAG